CGUAAAUCCCCUCGACAAGGAGAGGCAUGAGUACGUGAAGAUGGAAUUUACAAUUAAACACACAUGGGAUGGUUUGCCUGUGAGCCAUGAGCCAGUAACAAUUGUGCUGAAAUUGGACAAUGCAGGACUGCUAAUGGAAGUUCAUGCUCCCUUCUUUAAUGAUCCUCCAGCACCACUUGGAGAGCCAGGGAAACCUUUUAGUAGACUAUGGGAUUAUGAGGUUGUAGAAGCAUUUUUCCUGAGUGACAGAACUGAACAGUAUUUAGAAGUUGAACUUUGUCCCCAUGGACAACACUUGUUGCUGCUGCUUUCUGGCAAAAGAAGAGUAUGGAAAGAAGAACUUCCUUUAGAGUUUGAGGUGACCAGAAUGAAAACCAAAUGGGAGGGUAAAGCUCAUCUUCCUUGGAAUUAUUUUCCACCAUGCACAAACAAGUUCAAUGCAUUUGCAAUUCAUGGCUCAGGGGAAGAGAGAAAAUAUGAAGCGCUUCAUCCUGUGCCUCGACAUGAACUGCAGGAAGGACAGAAACCAGAUUUUCAUCGCCUUGAAUUUUUCAAAGAUUUGAACCUGCAGGGACUAAUGGGAGAAGACUGGAAGCAGCCUGAAUCAGAUAUAUGGAAGUCUCUAACUAAUUAAAUGGAUUGAGGCAUAAAUUUUUAUAGCAUUAAGGUUGG